UUGCUGCAAAAAGAGUGAAGAGGUUUUCUGUUAGCGGCAAAGAGUUUUUUGUUUAGUAUUGCGAGCGUGGUAGCAAGCCAGCGAACAAAGCAGGAGAAGCACGGAAACAAGUGCAAAAAUGGGUUGUGCAAGCAGUUCGCCGCUAAUCAAUGGUGGUGGCCCCGGCGGCAUCGUGGAGUCGGCGAAGGAAACGGCCAGCAAGACUGCGAACGAUGUUUUGCAUGCUGGCGAAACUGCAAUUCACGACGUUGGAGAACACGUAAAGGACGCAAUGAAAAAUGUGACCAGUGAAAUCGAAGGAGUGUUGGGUGGUAAAACGGCAAGCAAAGAUACCAGCGAUCACAUAAACGAAAGCGAUCUUCCUCAAAUGAACGGUCACGAUCAGGACGAUUCGGAUUAUCAAAUCAUUCCCUUGAAAGACACAAAGCAAUCCAGUGUUGACGAGAGCCUGGAAAAUAUCAAGAACAGUCUGCUGAAAAAGGCACAAAGUUUCGGCGAUGACACGGAAAAAAUGGCCGACGACAUCAUCAAGGAAACGGAAGACCUAAUCCGGGACGCCGAAACGGGCAUUGAAGAUCACGGCAACGAUAUGACCACCCGCAUCACUUCCACCGCAGACGGCACAAUCGAAAUACUUAACUUAGAAGGUAAUCACACACCCACCAGCACCCCGACUCACUCAAUUGAUAGCUUAAAAACCUCUUCACCAGAACCGGAAAUCGAACGGAUAUUGGACAACGAUCCGAAAUGCCCUCCCUCGCCGGAAGCCACGAUGAACAGCCUAAUGUCCUCGUCGGAAGGGGCUGCUGCCGAGUCCGAAGCCGUCGAUUCCGCUGCAACCGUCGUCGAAGGGCAACCGCAGCAGGCCCAUGACGAAAGCAAGCGAGAAGCGUGAGUACGACACUGAUGCAAUCCAAGGCAUCGCACGCACAACCACCCUAUUUCUCCCUAUUCCUUCAUCAUCUGGUAGCGGAAUGCAACUUUAACUCCACGACAUCAGAAUUGCAGCAAUUUUUGUACAAAUUUGAAUAGUAGGUACUUUUUAGGUUGGUAGCAAUAAAUAUUUUUAAAUCACUGAACCUAGCAGAUUGCCUAAGCAGUUAUGUGUACAUACAAAAUAAAGCAUUAAAAGUUUAGUUCCCUUAUUUCAGUGCUAACAUAAUGACCAGGAAACUGUUGAUAUGAAGGUCAUGCAAUGU